AGAGAGAGAGAGAGAGAGAGAGAGAGAGAGAGAGAGAGAGAGAGAGAGAGAGCACUAAAUGGAGAAAGUAGCAAGAUCCAGGAACAAGUUCUUGAAGUUUUACUUAUCAAGAAAUUUGUUGAAGUUCCUGCCACCAAGAGCAGCUCCAGCCAUAACAAAUCCUUUCAGCCCAAAGAAGGACAAGAGAUCCGAUGUUCCAAUCAAACACAAAUCCCACCUCUACAAAGGCUUCUCCGGCCCGAUCAUAUCCAUAGUCCCGGAAGAAGCCCGCCGGAAGAUCCAUAGCGCAAGCUUCAGAACCCACGAGCCCACUUCGCCAGAAGUCUCAUGUAUGGGCCAAAUCAAGAAGCACAAGAGAAAGACCAAGAUCAUUACCAAAGAUAAACACGUGUCGCUUCCUACAAAUUUCAAGCCCGAAAAUUCCCAUUACGAGGCAAAAAAGAAGGCAUUAGGGUUUGGAAAAUUAUUCGGUGGCGCGUGGCCACACGGUCGAAAAUUCGAUGAUUCCAAGGGUAAGCCUUCUAAUUCGGUGGAUAGAACAGCGCCGGGUUUGGGACAAAUGAAACGGCUUCCGAGCAGACGGAAUUCGCUGAAGAAUUUCGAUUGGACGGCUCAGAUUGCCCCGGUGGACGGGGAUUACGGCCUGGACUAUUUUUCCGAUGAGGAGAGUGAAGGAGAAGAGAAGGAGGUGAUAAUUCCUUUCUCUGCACCAAUAAUAUUGGUGGGUGGUGGUGGUAGAGUUGCUUUGGAGCCAAAGAAAGAAAUCAAUUUAUGGAAAAGAAGAACCAUGCCUCAACCUAGGCCUCUCCAAGUACAUUAAAACUCGAUGCGUACACAAGUUCGCCUAAGUUCGAGUUCAAAUUCUUAUCUAUUUUGUCGCAUUGGUGUUUUAGUACAUUUCUGGCUACUAAAUUAGGCAACAAUCGUACAAGAUGAGAAGAUUUUCAAGUGAUUCAAUAACCGAAUAUGCACUAGAAGACCGCUACAGAUAAAUUUGGGUGCAGGAUUGAAGGAACUUUUUUGAAGUUGCAUAAGAUCAUUUCGAUUGUUCAUUAAUUUGGACAUGUGUACAAUAUCUUUUCAUUUUCGAAAUUGUGUUUAGACUUUAUUUUAAGCCCAUUUUUUUUUCUUUUGUCCAUUUGGA